AUGCUUUCUCUGCUAGCGUUAUUCCUUUUAGCUUUCACACCUGUGAUAACUCAUACAUCACACAAAUCUUCUUCUUCUGAUCAAGAUGCACUUUUGGCUUUUAAUAAGGCGGUGCUAGUUGACCCGUAUAAAUCCUUGGACAAUUGGUCUCCCAAUCACACCCUCUGCAACUUGAUUGGUGUCGCCUGUUCUUCUCGCCUAGAGCGUGUAAAUUCCUUGAAUCUCACAGGUUUCUAUUCCACCGAGUUAGGAGACUGCCGCUCUUUACAAUCUCUUACUCUGUCUUAUAACAAUCUAACGGGCAGCAUUCUGCCCCAGCUUGGCCGUCUGUCAAAAUUACAUGGCGUCAUUCCUGUUGAAUUGGGUACGCUUACCCAGCUCAAACUUCUUUUUCUCGGCCUAAAUAACUUCACCGGACCAAUUCCUGCUACCCUUUCCAACUGUAGUCUUCUCCAAAAUUUGUCAUUACCGGACAACCUGUUGACAGGUGAUAUACCUUGGCAACUUGGCAAACUGUCAGAAUUGCAGGAACUUAUAUUAUGGGAAAACCAACUCACUGGAAAAGUCCCAAGCUCCCUCUCGAAUUGCACUCAACUUGAGCAGCUAGUGUUAGCCAUUAACGAACUAGAGGGUACGCUGCCCUUAGAGUUUGCUAAAUUGCUCCAGCUUAGGCGGUUUGAGGUAAGGGAGAAUCAUUUCGUGAGUGGAAGUAACCAUCUACCCAUUUUAACAGCCUUAGCUAAGUGCUCCAAAUUAAAUGUAUUAGAUUUGGCCUGGAAUAAUUUCACCGGGGUCAUUCCCUCUUCAGUAGGCCUGCUUUCAAAUAGUCUGUCUCUGUUUAUAAUGGGAUCAAAUGAGAUUGGAGGAAUUAUUCCAGAGGAGAUUAGCAAUCUCACAGAGUUGACAUUGCUAGAUUUAAGCAGCAACCUUUUCAUAGGGAAUAUACCAUCCACCCUGAGUAGACUACCCAAACUUGAAAGGUUAAAUCUGAAGAAAAACAAUUUAGAUGGGAGCAUCCCAAACGGUUUGGGUGAUGCAAAAAUGCUUGGUUUUUUAUCACUAAGUGAGAACAAGCUGUCAGGACAAAUUCCGGAUACUCUUUGCAACCUCACACAACUACGCUACGUCUAUCUUGAUCACAAUCAUUUGUCAGGAGAAAUCCCUGCUAUUUUAGGGAGAUGCCGAUCUCUGAUGCUGCUGGAUUUGGCUUACAACAAUCUAGCAGGCAACAUACCUCCAGAAGUUGCUGCUCUUCCAGAUCUCCAAUUCUAUUUUAACGUGUCCAGAAAUUUGUUACAAGGUUCUCUCUUAGACAUGAGCAAUAUGGUAAUGGUCCGGGCUAUAGAUGUAUCAAUGAACAAGUUCUCUAAUGGCAUUCCAGGUGCAAUCGCAAGCUGCAUCGCAUUAGAGUAUCUAAAUUUGUCUUGGAAUGCAAUUACAGGUCCAAUUCCUACCUCUCUUGCAAAACUGGUAAAUCUUCAAGUCAUGGAUCUUUCCUUCAAUAACUUGACAGGUACAAUACCAGGGAAUUUUAAAGAUAUGAAAAUGCUCCGGAAUAUCAAUCUGUCUUCAAGCAGGUUAACUGGAGAGGUCCCACAAGGAAGAGUUUUUGCAGAAUUGGAUGUCUCAGAACUUAUGAAUAGCCUUGGCUUUGUGGCACAUGGAUAA